UCAUGGGCACUCGAUUUGAUAUAUCUCCAUGACGGAUCGCCGCUUUUUGGAGAAGAAGUGACAUCGCCGAAUGGCAAAAGCUUGACACAAUUUCUUGGAAUCCCUUUUGCUGAACCACCCAUUGGAAACCUACGGUUCCAAAAGCCAGAACCUAAACAGCCAUGGAGGAGUCCACUAAAUGCAACUACCCUACCAAACUCUUGCAUACAGGUCGAUCCGAAUAAAAGACUUGCUGUAAUGGUUUGGGUAUAUGGAGGAGGAUUCUAUUCGGGAACGUCCACGUUAGAAGUUUACGAUGGAAAAACUCUGCCAGUAGAGGAAAAUGUUAUCCUGGUUUCGAUGAACUAUCGCGUAUCGGUGCUUGGAUUCCUCUAUUUGGGGAAACGCGAGGCACCAGGAAACAUGGGUCUUUGGGAUCAGCAACUGGCGUUGAAAUGGGUGCAUGAAAACAUCGAUGUAUUUGGUGGAGAUCCAACCAGAAUCACCUUGUUUGGAGAGUCGGCAGGAGCAGCAUCAGUGAACAUGCACAUGUUGAGCCCACAGAGUACUCCUUAUUUCCAGAGAGCUAUUAUCCAAUCCGCUUCUGUAACAGCACCUUGGGCAACUGAACCACGUGAUGUGGCACUGGCACGUGCAGUUGUACUCUACAAUGCGAUGAAAUGUGGUGACAUGAGCCUGCAGAAUCCCGAUUAUGACAAGAUUUCUCGACUGCUUCCUACGAGCCAACGCAAGCCUUUUGAGGGACAACGAGUGGGCACCUGUAACUUCAAACACACUCAACUUUUGGCUGGUAGCAAUCUUGAUGAGAGCAUGUACUUCAUCGUUUACCAGUUGGCGGACAUCUUUCCGGUUAAAAACUUUUUCACAAGAAGAAACUUCGUGCCGGACCGACAAACAUGGCUGAAAGGCAUCUUGGAUCUGCUGCCACAACAGAUGACUAGAGAACUACCCGGCUCUGGCAGCGAUACUGCAUGA